AAAGGAAAUUUUCUGUUGCAUUCAGAAAAAACAAACUCCUACAAAGAUAAAAAAAUUAGUUUGCUUUAAAUAUUUUUUGAGAAACAACCAAUACAGCACAAAUCAUGGAUGCCACACUAAAAACAAACGAUGAAGAAGCUGCUGGCAUGGUUACCAGCACCCCUAACAACAAAGACGCACAAAAUUUGGUUAAAGACUUCACCAACAAUAUUACCAAUAAUAAAAGCUCUGAUGACCAUAAAGAAACCAACCUGGAAUCAUCGAUAACUGAACAGCAAGCUGCAAGUAAAGCUGAAGUAGCAGAGACUUCCAAAUCGAGCAAAAAGAAUCCCCUAAGCCUGCGCACCAUGGCAAAUGUGGUGCUGCGCCUGCAGAAGGGUCUGCAACGUGCUGAGCCCAAGCCCUCGCAGAUCAACGAUGUCCAUUACUGGCGCACCGUGGCAGGAGCGCGUGAAGCCGAGAGUGGACGCUAUCUGAGAAUUAUUGAGCUGCAGCGCCAGCGCAUUGAGACUUUGGAGAAUGAUCUGAAGGCUCUGGUGGGACUGGCGCGAGAGACACAACAAUUGCUGGCCGGAAUCAAUGUUGAGAAGGGGGCCAAGCCGGAGCAAAAGUAGAGCAUACUUACAUUUUGAAAGAAAUUGUUUUGAAAACAUUUAAAACAGAUUAAAUUAUGCUUCUGGGCUGGGCUUUCUUUGGCAAUAUUUUAGUCCAAUUAA